UGUCAUUGACGGUGUCCAUUUCUUUUCCCCUGACAUGACUCAGGAACUGGCACUAAAUAGACUGUGUGGGGAUUCGAUCAUUAAUCAAACUAAACUAACUUUUCGCUCGUAUCCCCGCCCUGCAUAUGCAAACCAUGAGCCGGGGAUCGGGAAUGGCUGGCCGAUCUUAUGCUUCAACUUCGGAGUUUUUUUCUUCUGUUCAUUUUGUCCAAACAAACAGGGAAUAUCAUUGUGAUGAGAUCAUGAGACUCGAAGCUGAAAACUAUUUUCAACGUUGUGCUCAUUGUACAUGUAGGUGACGAGUGCAAUUAAUGGAGUCCUGUCUGGAAUGUGACUAGAUUUGAAUCAGUGAAGGAGGGAGACUUCAGCGGGGUGACAUCCAGCCCAUUAAUUGUGAUGAUGCUUUCAUAGUCUGCAGCAUUCUGUGAAAUGCGGAUGGUUGCAGAAUUUGCUACCAGAUACAAGAUAAACCGUAUCAGAGAUAUUGAUAAAAGCAUUCCAGGCAUUUGGUUGUUUUUCCUGUGACAAAACAUUUACAUCAAGUUCCGAGUUGAAUGGUCACCAGAUGGUGCAUAUUAGCUGGUGGGAAACAGUUUGCUUGCGAGACCUGUGACAAAGUCUUUUCUGACUAAAGAAAUGUACCAAACAUGGUGAAUACCAGGAAGAAGCGGUUUGUUUGUGAGGCCUGUGGUAAAGCCUUUACACAGAAAGGUACUUUACGCGUACAUGAAAAGGUGCACACUGGUGAAAAAACAUUUGUUUGUGAGACCUCUGGUAAAGUAUUUACAACGAAGGUUAGUCUACGCAAACAUGACAGGGUGCACACAGGUGAGAAACCAUUUAGUUGUAAGACCUGCGGUAAAGCUUUUACAAGUCAUAGGGAUCUACGCGUACAUGAGAGGGUUCAUACAGGUGAGAAACCAUUUAGUUGUAAGACCUGUGGUAAAGCUUUUUCGUAUCAGAAUUAUCUACGCAUACAUGACAGGGUGCACACAGGCGAGAAGCCAUUUUUUUGUAAGACCUGUGGUAAAGCCUUUACAAGUAAUAGUGAUCUACGCAAACAUGACAGGGUGCACACAGGUGAGAAACCAUUUAGUUGUAAGACCUGCGGUAAAGCUUUUACAAGGCAUAGUGUUCUACGCGUACAUGACAGGGUGCACACAGGCGAGAAACCAUUUGUUUGUAAGACCUGUGGUAAAGCUUUUUCAUAUCAUAAUUAUCUACGCAUACAUGACAGGGUGCACACAGGCGAGAAACCAUUUGUUUGUAAGACCUGUGGUAAAGCCUUUAAAGAGAAGGGUAGUCUACGCAUACAUGACAGGGUGCACACAGGCGAAAAACCAUUUCUUUGUGAGACCUGUGGUAAAGCCUUUACAGAUAAGGGUAGUCUACGCAAACAUAACAGGGUGCACACUGGUGAGAAACUAUUUAUUUGUGAAACCUGUGGUAAAGCUUUUACAAAUCAUGGUCAACUACGCAUACACGACAGGGUGCACACUGGUGAGAAACCAUUUAUUUGUGAAACCUGUGGUAAAGCUUUUACAAAUCAUGGUCAACUACGCAUACAUGACAGGGUGCACACACGCGAGAAACCAUUUGUUUGUGAGACCUGUGGUAAUGCAUUUACAGAGAAGGCUAGUCUACGCAUACAUGACAGGGUGCACACUGGUGAGAAACCAUUCGUUUGUGAGACCUGUGGUAAAGCUUUUACAUAUCGUAGUUCUCUACGCAUACAUGACAGGGUGCACACAGGCGAAAAACCAUUUCUUUGUAAGACCUGUGGUAAAGCCUUUACAGAUAAGGGUAGUCUACGCAAACAUAACAACAGGGUGCAUGCUGGUGAGAAACCAUUUAGUUGUAAGACCUGUGGUAAAGCCUUUACGCAGAAAAGUGGUCUAUGCCAACAUGACAAGAUGCACACUGGCGAAAAACCAUUUGUUUGUAAGACCUGUGGUAAAGCCUUUGCAAAGCGACGUAAUCUAGCCAAACAUUUCAGGUUGUUUAAAAGUGGGCAUGUAUCUAUUUAAUUUUUAUUGAAAGGAGACUAAUGGGGGCCAAGCCCGCUGGAACAAACUUUUGCCAGGGGGUGCUGAAAUUUCUAAAGAAAGGACAAAAUUAAUGCGAACCCUAAAAGGGCCGGGUUAUUUUGACCAUCUCUCAGACCGGGGGGGGGGGGAUGGAUUCCGCCCCCCUAAUAUCUCGGCCAUUGAAUGACGAAAAAUUUUGAAACCCGGUGCAUGCAUAAAGCAACUCAUCAUAAACAUACCAAAUGUUGUGACUAUAGGUCAAAGGUUUUCGAAUCAUGGCUAAUUAAUUAAUCAUAUUUAC